AUGGCUAGAUUGCUGAAUCUCUGCUUCCUUCUCCAAAGCUUUGUCUUCUCCUUAAGCCAGUUGCAAGGUCCGCCAGGAGAACCUGGGCCACGGGGCCCCCCAGGUCCGCCCGGUGUGCCAGGAGCAGACGGCAUUGAUGGCGAUAAAGGUCCCCCCGGUGCGGCAGGCGUUCCUGGGAUCAAAGGAGAUCCAGGCCUGCCAGGACCAGAUGGAGCUCCAGGAAAACCCGGAAUAGAUGGCCUUACGGGAGCUAAAGGAGAGCCAGGCCGUGUUGGAAGACCAGGUCCCAAAGGCCAAUUGGGACUUCCAGGACCACCGGGGCUCCCAGGACCCGGAUUUCCAGGGACUCCCGGCCCCCCAGGUCACAUUGGACUUCCUGGAGAAAUGGGACCAUUGGGACUUAAGGGGGAACGUGGACCAGAUGGACCACAAGGACCUCCAGGACCACCCGGAAAGCCAGGCCCAAUUGGUCGUAUCCAAGGAGUCGAGGGCAGUGCUGAUUUCGUGUGUCCAACCAACUGCCCACCUGGACUGAAGGGACCACCAGGUUUACAGGGGUUGAAGGGUCCAAGAGGUGAUGUGGGCCUGUCUGGAGAACAAGGCAGUCAGGGUUCUCCUGGCCCAGAAGGUCCCAGGGGGCAUCCAGGAAUGGCAGGACCAAAAGGGGAGAUGGGUCCUCAAGGUUACAAAGGCAUGACUGGGAGUAUUGGAGCUGUUGGUCCCCCGGGUGAAGAUGGCCCCAGGGGCCCCCCAGGACAAGUUGGAGAGAAGGGAGAAAUUGGUCCUCGCGGUUUCAGUGGUGCUCAGGGUGAAAUGGGCCCCAAAGGAACACGGGGGCUUCCUGGGAUUGAUGGCAAACCUGGAUUUCCUGGGACUCCAGGGUUGAAGGGAAGUGUGGGUCAACCAGGCCUUCCUGGGCCCCUGGGACACAGAGGAGUGGCUGGUUUGCCAGGCACUCCUGGGAGCAAAGGUGGUCCCGGAGAAAAGGGAGAACCAGGGACACGUGGUCCAUCAGGUUUACCUGGGCCACCUGGAAAAAUUGGAGAGCCCGGCCCAGCAGGAGCAGUGGGUCUUCAAGGCAUCUCUGGUGUGAAAGGAGAUCGGGGUGAGAGGGGGCCUACGGGACCUCCAGGUCCACAGGGGAAAGGGGGCGCUAAAGGAGACCAGGGGCCCCCUGGAAUUCCAGGGCCACAAGGACUCCCAGGAGUUAAAGGCAGCAAGGGCUUCCCAGGAAAAAUUGGAUCCAAAGGCAAUAUCGGGGAUUCUGGUGUUGAAGGCCUUUCUGGAGGAAAGGGGCAGAAGGGUGAACUGGGGGAACCUGGACCAAAGGGACAGCAAGGCAUCCACGGGGAACCUGGUUUUCCUGGACCUCCUGGAGACAUUGGAGCACCUGGAGUCCGAGGCUUUCAAGGACCUCCUGGCCCCCGAGGGCUGAAUGGGGAACGUGGUGUACCUGGAAUGCCUGGGUUGCCAGGUGGCCCAGGAAGGGACACCGGAGACCAGCAUAUUGUUGAAGUCGUGGUCAAGAUGCUGCAAGAACAACUGGCUGAGUUAGCUGUGAGUGCGAAAAGAGAAACUUUGGGUGGAAGCGGCGUGAUGGGACCUCCUGGCCCUCCAGGGCCCCCUGGACCACCUGGCUCCCAAGGCCCCCAUGGACAUCCUGGUUCCCGUGGUCUUCCAGGAAUCCUAGGAGCUGUUGGACAGAUAGGCAACACUGGACCCAAAGGAAAGAGGGGUGAGAAAGGAGACCAAGGAGAAGCUGGCCGUGGACAUCAAGGGAUGCCAGGGCCUCUAGGCAUACCAGGUCCCCCUGGUCAGCCUGGUCAAGCUCUCAAUGGCAAACAUGGAGAGCGAGGUGUUCCAGGUACUCCAGGAGAAGCAGGACGUCCUGGUUUACCUGGGCCUUCUGGCCUUCCUGGAUUUUGUGAGGCAGUUGUCUGCCUUGGGGCCUCUGCCUCAGCUCAGCUAACUGAAGUAGGUUCUGUCAAAGGACCUUCCUACUGAAUGCUGUCAAGUGAAAGGGUUCCAUGGUUGACAUCGUUGAUUCAUCAGAAGCUUCACGACUUGCAUUGAGCAAUCGACACACCAGGAUUGGGUCCAAAGAGAUGUGAAAGCCACCAAUUGAAAACCUUUUGACUGAUGAGAAACCUUUGCUUGGAUCUGAGUACCCAUUCUCACCUUUGUCAGUGAGAAGACACUUGGACAUUCUGAGUGGCCCCAAAUAGAGAUUCACAAAAUUGCUGGCAUCUUGGAUCACGCUUGAGUUUCUCAUUGAAAGAUUGCAUCUGUUUUAUCGAUAAGAAAUUGUAGAGUCCUCCCAAAAUUAUAUGCUAUCUUGAGGAAAUGAGGGAAAAAUUUCAUUUUGGAUCCCAAUAAUUUUUUUGAGGUAGAGUUCCACACAGUAGCUUUUUUUAAAAAAAGUUUAUGGAGUCCUUGGUGCUUCCCUGAGCUUGGUUGUUUUCUUGCGGUCAUUUCAUUACCCAUCUAGCUGAU